GUCAGAGGUUCUGAUUGGAGCCCCUCGGGCCAACACAACGGCCUCCAGCAGCGUCGUGGAGAGAGGAGCGGUGUACAGCUGCCCCUGGAAAGGCUCUGCAGCCUGCCAGGAGAUGCCGUUUGACAGCUCAGAUGACAGGCUGACCAAAGACGGGGCUCAGAUGGAGUUUAAAUCCAAGCAGUGGUUCGGUGCCUCGGUCCGAUCCGAUGGAGAGCACAUCCUGGCCUGUGCUCCUCUGUACCAGUGGUCGACCUUCGGAGUCUCUGAGCGGGAGCCUGUGGGAACGUGUUACCUGAAGAAAGGAGGAACGGUGGUCGAGUAUUCGCCCUGCAGAUCAGAUGCCAACUCACCAGAGCGGCAGGGCUUCUGCCAGGCCGGCUUCAGCGUUGACUUCCUGAAGGUCGGUCAGCUGAUUUCCGAUGACGUCUCUGAGAUUUUUACCCGGUUUGACAAAAGCUUCAUCAUACAGUAUGGAAACACCCUCACCACCAAGUCAGCUGGGGCUCAGUACGACGACAGUUACCUUGGUUACUCUCUGACAGUCGGAGACUUCAAUGACGAUGGAAAGGAAGACUAUGUGACCGGGGUACCUCGGGGAGAAAAGGCACUGGGUUAUGUGAACAUCUUCAACGGCCGCAACAUGGAGUCCAUGGUCAACUUAACAGGAACACAGAUGGCUGCUUACUUCGGACAUUCAGUCGCUGCGACUGAUGUUAAUAAUGACGGUUUGGUCGACCUGUUUGUUGGAGCUCCUCUCUUCAUGGACAGAGGCCCAGAUGGAAAACUCAGGGAGGUGGGACAGGUGUCUGUUUACCUGGGGCGAGGUGGAUUUUCCUUCCAACCACCUCAGAUGCUGACGGGGUCAGAUAUCUACGGCAGAUACGGCUCUGCCAUCGUAGCACUGGGAGACCUGAACAUGGACGGAUACAACGAUGUGGCCAUCUCUGCUCCUUAUGGAGGCCCUGACCACAAUGGCUUGGUCUACAUCCACAAUGGCCGCCUUCAGGGGCCCGACCCGUCACCUUCCCAGGUCCUGCAGGGAAAAUGGGCGUCCAGCUACAUGCCUGCUAGCUUUGGAUACUCCAUGACUGGAAACACUGACAUAGACGAGAAUGGAUAUCCAGAUUUAAUAGUGGGAGUGUUUGGAGCAGACAAAGCUGUUUUAUACAGAGCCCGUCCUGUGAUCAGUGUGAACGCCACAUUGGACAUUACACCUCAGAUCAUCAACCCAGAGGAGAAGACCUGCACACUUCCUGGAAGCAGCACGCUCGUGUCCUGUUUUAAGGUGAAGUACUGUUUGAAGGCCAGCGGCCGUGGAGCUCCAGCUACUCUCAACUUUCAAGUAGACCUCAUGUUGGAUCGUCUGAAGCAGAAGGAGGCGACAAAGCGCGUGCUCUUCCUGCACAGUCGGACCUUUCAGUACUCCAAGAACAUGACGGUGUCCAACGGCAAUGGCCCGGCCUGCGAGGAGCAGUCCGUCUUCCUCAGGGACGAUCGUGAGUUUCGAGAUAAGAUCACUCCCAUCUCUGUGGCAAUGGAGUACAAUCUGGACUACCAGCAGGCGGCGGACAGCACCGGGCUGCUGCCCAUCCUCGACAUGGCGGCCCCUUCCAACGUCACCAAGCAGGCUCACAUCCUGUUGGACUGCGGAGAGGACAACAUCUGUAAACCAGACCUGAAGUUGUCAGUGAAGAGCGACCGUGAGCAGAUCUACAUUGGCGAUGACAACGCACUGACUCUGGAGGUCAGUGCUGAGAAUCAGGGAGAGGGCGCCUACGAGGCCGAGCUCCACGUCUACCCUCCGCAGCAGGCCGACUUCACCGGGGUCGUCCGCAGUCAGACCCUCUCCAGGCUGUCCUGUGCUUACAAGAAGGAAAACCAGACCAAGAUGGUGGUGUGUGACCUGGGAAACCCCAUGAAGGGAGGAACCAAGGUGCUGGCAGAGUUGAAGUUCAGUGUGCACCAACUGUCGGAGGAGGACACGUCUGUCAGGUUUGACCUCCAGAUAGUCAGCUCGAACCAGUUCAACAACAUCAGCCCUCGAAUCUCCACCGUCACUAAGCUGGCUGUCCUCGCCAAAGUGUCCAUCAGAGGGUAAAACACGGUCAUGGGACA